GCGGCGGUCGCCGCCACCGCCGCCUGAACCGAAGACCUCCCCACCCAUCUCCCCGCCAGGCGACGUGCCGUCGCUCCCCUCCAUCAGCUACCAUGAGCGAACGCCUCCGCCCCAGGAAAAGGAGAAGGAAUGGGAAUGAAGAAGACAGUCAUCUAUCUCAGACCAAACGGAGUAGCAGAAACCCUGUCUUUCAGGACUCCUGGGAUACGUCUUCAAGCAGUGACAGAGCGGGCAGCGGCGGCAGCAGCAGCAGUACCAGCAGCAGCAUCAAUAGCCCAGACAGGGGAAGUGUUCAAGAAAGCAGCUUAAACCAGAUCAUUACCGGAUCCAGCCCUAAUACCCCUCAGUCCUUACAGGAGCAGUCUGCACUAUGCCAAGGCCCUUAUUUCCACAUCAACCAGAUUCUGAAGGAGGCCCACUUUUAUAGCCUACAGCACCGAGGACGGCCUCCUACGUGA